GAGCCGCCCUGGGGAAGGCGGGGGCCGUUUCCAUAGCGGCGGCGGCAGGAGGUGUCGCGCCGGGGAACUUCCUGGUUUCCCGGGCUCGGCUUCGCCGGGAGCCUCCUGGAAGGGAAACAAUGGGGCGGAGGGCACUGCGGUAGCCGCCGCCGCCGCUGCAGCCGCCGCCGCCGCGCCGGACGCUCUCGGCCUCCCGCGACUGGCCGCCGCCGCCGGGACCGCUCGGAGAACAGGAUAUGUAUUCCUCUGAGAAACCCUGGACAGCAGAUUUUGGUUUAAUACUGGAUUGGAACAACACACACAGACGUUUGCAGUCAUGAAUUCUGACCAGGAUGUAGCACUCAAACUUGCUCAAGAACGAGCUGAAAUAGUUGCUAAAUAUGACAGAGGACGGGAAGGUGCAGAGAUCGAGCCCUGGGAAGACGCCGAUUAUCUUGUUUACAAAGUCACCGAUAGAUUUGGCUUUUUACAUGAGGAGGAGCUCCCAUACCAUAAUGCAGCGGCGGAUCGGCAAAAGCAACUGGAAAUCGAAAGGACUUCCAAGUGGCUGAAAAUGCUGAAAAAAUGGGAGCGAUACAAGAACACCGAGAAGUUUCAUCGAAGAAUUUACAAAGGAAUUCCACUCCAGCUCCGAGGUGAAGUCUGGGCCCUUCUUCUUGAGAUCCCUAAAAUGAAAGAAGAAACAAGAGACCUUUAUAGUAAAUUAAAACACAGAGCACGGGGUUGUUCACCUGAUAUCAGACAAAUAGACCUUGACGUGAACCGCACAUUUAGGGACCAUAUCAUGUUUAGAGACAGAUACGGUGUGAAGCAACAGUCCUUAUUCCAUGUUCUCGCUGCUUAUUCUAUCUAUAAUACGGACGUCGGGUACUGCCAAGGGAUGAGCCAGAUCACAGCCCUGCUGCUUAUGUACAUGAAUGAGGAAGACGCCUUCUGGGCCCUGGUCAAGCUCUUCUCGGGCCCCAAGCACGCGAUGCAUGGUUUUUUUGUCCACGGUUUUCCUAAACUCUUGAGGUUUCAAGAACAUCAUGAGAAAAUUCUGAACAAAUUUUUGUCCAAACUUAAGCAGCACUUGGAUUCUCAAGAAAUCUACACAAGUUUUUACACAAUGAAAUGGUUUUUUCAGUGUUUCCUUGACCGAACUCCCUUCAGGCUGAACCUCAGGAUAUGGGACAUCUAUAUCUUUGAAGGAGAGCGAGUCCUUACUGCUAUGUCUUACACAAUCUUGAAACUACACAAAAAGCAUCUGAUGAAGUUGUCUAUGGAGGAACUUGUAGAAUUUCUUCAGGAGACUCUCGCCAAGGAUUUUUUCUUCGAGGAUGAUUUUGUAAUAGAGCAACUUCAGGUGUCUAUGGCAGAACUAAAGCGGGCAAAGUUAGAUCUCCCAGAGCCUGGUAAGGAGGAUGAAUAUCCGAAGAAGCCCUUGGGGCAGCUCCCACCUGAGUCUGCUUGUAUUAAUCACUUGAGCAAUGGACAAAGAAGUGUUGGCAGGCCCAGCCCCAAAACAAGCAGCAGGAGAGAAGAUGGAUCGCCUCACAAGAACUAUGAGCACUCUCCUGUCCAUCACAGCAGAAAUGGCACACCAGAAAGAGCCGGGCAGUCACGGCGGAAGUCCGUGGAUGAGGGUAGUAAAAAUCUGAAGCAUGAGGCAGAUUCUCAGAGAAAACCUUCACCGGGUAUGCAGGACAGUUCCAGGCACUAUAACCAUGCAGCUGCUAACCAAAAUAGCAAUGCAAUUUCAAACGUCAGGAAGGAAUUUAUGCCCAAGUGGAGAAAGCCAUCAGAUGCCUCAGCUAUUGAAAGAACUGCUAAAUAUGCCAUCGAAGGCAAAAGUCACUCAGCUCUUCCCGUCACCAUCCCAGGUUCUGCUGAGACCCGAUUGUCAAACUCAAGGCAGAAGAUGAAGGCUUUGGAUGGGGGUGAAGGGAAGCGGGGUUCUAACGCGUCCCAGUAUGACAAUGUGCCUGGGGGUGAGAAUGAGCAUGGGGCAUCUGCGGAAGAGGGACCAGAGCGGACUCACCCUCACAGCCCAAGGAAGCACCCCGAGCCAAGUCCCAGUCCGCCAAAAGUACCCAACAAGUUUACCUUUAAGGUGCAGCCUCCCAGCCAUGUACGAUACCCAUCCCAGCUACAAGAGGAGGAUCACAGGGCUGCAUAUCCACCCUCCUAUAGCAACCCCCCUAUCUACCAUGGGAAUUCCCCAAAACACGUCCCUGCUGCUCACAGUGGCUUUGUGUCCACACAGACCAGCCCCAGGCCUCAAAUUAACCCUUCCAAGAGACCUUACGGUUCCUCUCUUUCAGUUGACACUUCUCCAGAGAAAGCUUACAGCCGCCCAGCUCCUGUUGUUCUGCCCUCUAGUCGAAUUGAAGUCCUUCCCAUUGACAUCGGUGCCAGGGGGUAUGGCAGUUCAGGGUCACCAAAGAAUGGAAAGUUCAUCCUUCCUCCAGUGGACUAUUUGCCAGAGAACAGAAAAUGGUCAGAAGUUAGUUACACAUAUAGACCGGAGAUGCAUGGCCCAUCAUGGACUCAGGAUGCUAACCGUAGCCACUUAAGCAAUUUACCAAACUAUGCAGCCUUUCAGCACAUACCAUUUCAGGCCCAUGGCCUUCCAGAAGUGUCUGUAGACAGUCCAGUGAGGUAUAAGAUGUCACCAGCUGUGGAAGAUGCCAGUCCUCAUGGGUAUCCAUAUGCAGGGCCCUCACCUUCGGCACAUCACUACAGAAAUCGAGAGGGACUUUCUGUUCAGGAGUCAGUAUUGCUGUGAGCGUGUGGCUGUAUUCACUGACACGAGAAUAGAAACAAUCUGAUGCCCACAUUGCUAUGUUUAUAAUUGCCAGAGCAGUAUUUUUUAUAUUGUAAACAGCGUGCGCAGCUCAGUGUGUGUCAGGGAUGAGGGUGUGGGAGUGCUUCAGCCUGGGCAGAGGCUGCUGAAGAAGAGUGGGUCAGCUGCAUCCUGGCUGAGAGUAACCUGGAAACACAGCAGUAGGGUUAGGGCUGCACACACAGUGAAGCUCUCUGUGCUGUUCCCUUCACAUCUCCCCCAGGCCCGUUCUGUUCCGAUGCUGUUAGAACAGUAGACUACUGACCACUAUAGAGCAGGUUCCCUGAGGGCCAUCCUGCCUUUCAUAGACAGGCGAGGCAGGCACCUGUGCAUAUAGGUUUUGUCCUUAAAACCACCUUUAAUCUAGAUACAUGGACUAACAGUGGUUUGAUUGUUUUUCCCCCUUAUCUUUCUGCCCACCCUGCCCAAACAUAUUUUAACCCAGGUUCUAAACUGAAACUGACUAGAGAUGAAUCCAGCGCCUUACAGAAUGUCAUUCUCCUUCAGUUGCUGCCAUUUUAUCUCCUCCUGAAAGCUAAAGGCUGCAGAGAAAGGCUCACCACUCUAUGGUGCCUAAAGUGGGUCAGUUACCCGAGUGAGCGGCUGCACAGUGUUCACAGAGUCCCCCAUCUCCAGGGUCUCUGUGCUGCUGUGCCCCAGGCUCUGAUCUGGCGGGUGCGAGGGACUGUCUGCAGUGUGAGCUGGAAGUCAGACCUUGCAGUGCCCCAGGCAGCAGAAGGCUGCGUUUCAGUCAUUGGAGAGCAGCUUUAACCAUAAGGAGGGCUGCUUCUCACCCUGCUUCCAGUUCUCACAGGCUUUCUCUGGCACUCGGUCUUCCCAGAGUACAGUGGGUGGGAUACUGCUACACUUACUGGGCCAUUCCAUUAUCCCGGUCAAAAUUGUGAAAAAUACCCUAAUGAUUAAUAAGUAUCUAGAAUUUUGAUCUUUGUAAAAAAAAGGAAAAAAAGGUAGUUUCAUAGUUGUGGAAUUUUUUUUUCAGUGAAAAAUAAUUGAAGUUCAUGGUUUUUUUAAAAAGGUGAUCAUUCCUUUUAUGCUAUCACACACUACUGUCACCAAGACACUGACAAAGUGCAGGGUUCUCCAAGAGCAAUGGCGGUGUCUGUGUGGCUGCUCGCCCACCGUUACCCUCUUAUAUCUGAAUAUCAGAAACUCGAAAGUCCAACAGUGACACUCCCCCUGCUCCAAGGUGGGGACUUAAGCUUGUGAGGUACAAGAAUAUGUCUUCAUGAAAGUAGCAAACGUGUUUAUCUAGCAAACGGGACAAUAUUUUUAUGUAUAUAAUGAUUCUAAUCUAAGUUAACGUGAUAAUGAUGUUAUUAAGUGUGGAAGCAAAUGCAGUAUAUGAAAGGUGAACACCACACUGAAAAUCCCAACUCCUGACAGAGUAACCAGGCUCUUGAUUUAGAUCAUGUGGAAGGUGAGAUAUAAAUGUAUAUAGACAUGUAGCUGAGGAUAUUAAUUCCAGUCUUAAAGUGUGACUGUAACUUGUAAGGAGCCAAGCUGUACAGUUUAGUUCAUGAUGGCAGCUCUAUGCCUCUUCAGAAAGUAUAUAUCAUAGUGGUAAAUAAUGUAGAUUAUAUAUAUAUAUAUAUAUAUGCAAUAUAUAUGGACACACUAUUUUCUUAUGUCAUCUAUGGCAUUUUUUUUAUCUGUAUACUUUUUGAUGUGAUUGUUUUUAACAUGCUAAAAGUAAUCCAUGUAUCUUGUUCUGUGUCUUCUGUGUGCAGCUUCCCUGUGGCAAGUGCUGCGUCCUGGGCUUGCAGGACCUGGCAGAUGCACCACAUGCUCACCAGCAGCGUUUACACACGCUGCGCUUCACUGCUUGCAUUUCCAGGGAGACUGUGUUUUGAACUGCAUCACCUUUCCUUGGCUUAAGCAUUUGUUACUAAUGGCAGGAGAGUCUUCCCCUCUAUAAGAUAUGUCUCUGUUAGUUUCAAGUAGGAAAUUUUAAUUUAAAAUUAUUUUGCCACUAUACAAUUUUAUUUUAAAUUUAUUUUUAAAUAAAAGAAAUGAUAAGAGAAA